AUGGCUGUAUGCAACUUUAAGAUGAUGUUCACUUAUGUCGUCACUGGGUCGGAAGGAUCUGUGCAUGAUUCAAGAGUGUUAAAUUCAGUUAUUGAUGAUCCUAAUUCUAGAUUCCCAUAUCCUCCACCAGGUUUCAAUUCAUUGUCUCUGCUGCAAAACACGUUGCCGUACAUUAUGGAUUUUUCCCAGGAGAGGUUGAAGAAAGAAAAGGCAGAGGCACACCUUUAUAGAAUUAUAAAGGUUGCACGAGAUGAGGACCUUGUGGAACAAAUUGGAAGGCAUAUAUAUUUUGAUCUUGUGGAUCAUGACAAAGUCAGGAGUUUCUGUAUUCAAAAGCAGAUACAUUUUUACCUCUUCAAGCAAGAGGUUGCUAAAGAGUUUGGUAUUCCAGUGCAACUUCAGCGGUUUUGGCUGUGGGCAAAGCGCCAGAACCAUACAUACCGCCCUAAUCGGCCGUUGACACAUUUAGAGGAAACACAAACUGUUGGGCAGCUGAGGUGGAUAUCAGAUAAGGUUCAUAAUGGAGCGUUGAAGUUGUUCUUGGAAGUACAGCGUGGACUGGAUUUACGGCCUAUUGCUUCACCUGACAAGACAAACGAAGAUAUAUUACUUUUCUUCAAGCUUUAUGACCCUGCGAAAGAAAAGCUACGCUAUGUUGGAAGGCUUUUUGUGAAGAGUACUGUUAAUCCAAUGGAAUAUUUGGCAAAACUAAAUAAAAUGGCUGGCUAUGAUCCUGAUGAAGAAAUCGAACUCUAUGAGGAACUUAGGUUUGAGCCCAUUGUGAUAUGCACACCCAUUGACAAGAAAAAUACAUUUCGAGCUAGCCAGCUUAUAGAUGGAGAUAUUGUUUGCUUUCAAAAAUCUCAUACAGUUGAAAGUGCUGAACAAUAUCGCUAUCCAAAUGUUCCUUCAUUUUUGGACUAUGUGCAUAAUCAACAGGUGGUUGUUCACUUCCGAUCUCUUGAAAAGCCGAAGGAAGAUGAUUUUUGUCUAGAGAUGUCAAAGCUUUUUACGUAUGAUGUUGUUGUAGAAAGAGUAGCUCAGAUAUUGAAUUUGGAUGAUCCAUCCAAAAUUAGGCUUACAUCACAUAACUCCUACUCUCAGCAACCCAAACCUCAACCUAUUAAGUACCGUGGCGUUGAUCAUUUGGCGGAUAUGCUGAUUCAACACGACCAGACUUCUGAUAUAUUGUACUAUGAAGUAUUGGACAUUCCUCUGCCAGAAUUAGAAAGUCUGAAAUUUCUUAAAGUAGCAUUUCAUCAUGAUAUGAAGGGUGAAGUGGAGCUGUCUCAUCCUGAUGCAGAACUCCGGUUGCUAGAAGUUUUCUAUCGUAAGAUAUACAAGAACCUUGAAGGAAUUGAAAAAAACUCCUGCUGGAAAGAAGGGAGCUGA